UUCAUAUAGUUUGCAAAGCUGCAGAAACUGCAAGCAAGGACGACUUCAGCCUUCUCUCAUUUGGCCGCGCCGCGCAACAAAGAUACACGGCCACGACGCGAAUGACAUCAACCCAGCAAACAUGCAGCCUCACUUACUUGCAUUAAUCUUUCUGUGCGUGCAUUGCGGAACAAGUGCGCGGGCAGUCACCGUCACCGCUGCGCUCUCCUCCGCCCUGCCUCCGGCCAAUUGCAGCAGCGCGGGCGCCGGGAUGGACGGCGGAUCUUCUUCUAAAAGCAGAAGGAAGCGUUACAUUAGUCAGACCGACAUGGUGGCUAUUCUUGAUUACCACAACAAAGUGAGGGGCAAGGUGUUUCCCCCGGCGUCUAACAUGGAAUACAUGGUGUGGGAUGACACUCUGGCUAAGUCAGCUGAGAACUGGGCCCACGUCUGCAUGUGGGAGCACGGCCCUUCUCACCUCCUCAGGUUUCUGGGUCAGAACCUCUCCGUCAGGACAGGACGGUACCGUUCCAUCCUUCAGCUUGUGAAGCCGUGGUACGACGAGGUCAAAGAUUACUCCUUUCCUUACCCCCGCGACUGCAAUCCCCGAUGCCCCCUCAGAUGCUACGGCCCCAUGUGCACCCAUUAUACACAGAUGGUGUGGGCGACCUCCAACAAAGUGGGCUGUGCUGUUCACACGUGCCACAACAUGAACGUUUGGGGUUCCGUGUGGAAACGGGCGACAUAUUUAGUCUGCAACUACUCGCCAAAGGGCAACUGGAUCGGAGAGGCUCCCUACAAAGUCGGGGUGCCCUGCUCCGCCUGCCCCCCCAGCUACGGCGGCUCGUGCAGCAACAACAUGUGCUUCCCCGCUCUGAAUACAAACUACCUGCACUGGUUCAAAUAAACAAGGCCUGCCCAGCCACACGACCACAGAGACACUAUUCUUAUCUAAAGGCGGAAGGAUUUGCACAGCCUGCGUGGACCAGUCUAUUUUGUAUAUAUGGCUUAUUUAAAGACCCCAAGACACAUUUGAAGGCAGCAGACAAUUUUAACAAUGUGUAGAUAAACUGUAAAUUAAUGUAACUAUACAAGACUUUUUUUUGUACUUGCCGUGACUGUUUUUUUUUUUUUUUUUUUUUUUUUAACUUUAUAUGCAGAAUGGAUGCUUAAAAUCACACGCACACACAUGCGCGGUGCGACGUACAUUUACCAUUGACAAUGUAGCAAUUAAAGGCCCUAACAUCACGAUAGCUGCUCUAGGCGCUCACUAUGGUGCUAUGCGGGCAUCACACCUCCAUGUUGUGUGCUCUGCCUUUUUUUCGGAAUGUUGGGAUAUAACUUCAAACGGACGCCAGUAUAGCAACACCACACGCUUCAUCCUCAGGCUUUUGUCCUGUGAGGAAUUGGCAAACGUGCACUUAGAACAUUUAAAUGUACAGUAUAAAUUUAUUUUCUUCUUGUUUUACAUUACAAAUACCAAAACCUAAAGAAAAGUCAACAAGUGUUGGCUACACUGGCACUUCUGUGGUCAAAAGUCCACGUGUUUUCCCCUAAAUUUGCAAUUUAAAGCAGCUCUAAUUUGGCUGUUUCACCCUUUCGUUUCAAAUUGAUGUUUUUAAAGCACAACAUAUCGGACUUUUUAUCUGUUUGAUAAUCCCAUGUGUUUCACUGUACAUUAGUAUAUUUAAUAUUCAUUUGUUUUGAUGUAUUAGAACGAUCCAAUGUUGUCUUUGUGAUGCACUUUUGGAGCAAGACACUCAAGUGCACCUUAAUUGUUUGUAAAUGUCCAAAAUGCCAAGAAAAUCUGUUUUAUUAUUUUUUUGUAUGUGUACAUAAUUAUUUUACCUUGACUAUCCUUAAACUACAAUUAAUGUAUAAGUUAUUCAUUUUUAUAUUGGGAAAUAUUUAAUUGGUAUUCAUUUUUUGUAUUGUUUUAUGAAAGGAUUGUACAUACAUAUCACGAAACAAUUAACAGUAUGCAGUUCAUUGGCAAUUAAGCACUAGCACAAUAUUGGCAAAUGCCUUUAUUAUUAUUUUUUAAUGUAAAGAAAAGAACACAUUUGCAGCAUAACUGAUCAAUUCAAAAACAGUGAACAUUGCUGUGACUCAAACAAAACAGAAAAUGUUCGGCACUGAUUACAAGGCAUUUAUGCAAUGAACUGCCCUCUUGCUUUUGAAGUUGUUAAUAAAAUAUUCUGAAAUGGG